UUAAAUCUCUGCAGCCUUGUUUUUGAAGAUCUGUCAUGGCAGUGAGCCCUAGAAAGUAGCUUGGCUUGUUAAAAAAUAAAAUUAUUUAUAGCCUUCUCUUCCAUGUAAAGACCAAAACUUAACUGUCUGCCAACUUUUGCCAGGGCAUUUUAUGAUCAUUAUUCCAACUACAGUCUGGGUUGGGCAAGUAUUUCUGGUUUUAUGUCUAAUCAGCUGAUGGUAGAUAAGCAUGGAGCAGGCAGACACUCUGGAUCCAAACUGCCUGGCCUGACACCAGAACAAGUCCUGGCUUUCCACCUUCAGUUUCACAUACAAGACAGGUAUCCUUUGCAUUUGAAGCACAAGACACUUGACGACAAUUCUUGAAUGAGUGCCUGGCUGCAUACUUGAAGUCAUGGCACUAGAAAUUGCCCUUGCAAGAUGAAUCACUUUUCCCGGAAGAGCUCCUCAGAGAUUCCACAGUUGGAAUACAGGCUGUCCCAGACAGACUCAUCAAAUAAUCUAGCAAUGGAUACCUUUUGGCUCGAAGUAGAGAGCAUCAAAGAAAGCACUGAAUCUGAGGCUGAUGAGGGCAGCCUUACAGAAGCCAAGAUUCUAGAAGAGGGCGAAGCCGAAGCCGAAUGGCUGCAAGAUGCAGGACUCUCUGAUCUAAUGAAGGACCAUGAAGAGAAUAGCAACAUUGUCCUGCUGUCCACUUUGACCAAGACUCAGGCCGCAGCUGUGCAGCGAAGGUUGGAUACUUAUACCCGUUCCCGACGGAAGAAAAAUAAGCAGCCUAUCCGUGAUGUCAGAGACAUUUUUGGAGUAGUUGAAUCUGGGGAGACUGAACCAGUGAUGGAGGCUGAAAUGGAUCGACCUCACCGCAGGUCUGCAUCAUCUAACAACCUUCAAAAAUAUCCAGUGGGAAUCCCGGACUUUCAGUCUCCACUGAGAGAUUCUGUGAGAGAAGAAUUAUUCAGCACUGAAGUUGCCUAUUCAGAGCAGGCUGCAAUCCUGCUCAAAGGAUCAUUCCCAAGGGAAACCAGGAGAAUAAAGGAAGAGAGCUGUUUGUCUAAGUUUAAGAUCCCCAAGGGGAGGCUAGGAGUAACCAGGACAGAAGAUCUGUCCCUGCAGGACCUGAAGAAAAUUCCUACCCUAGCACUUAUUGAACUAACUGCACUCUGUGAUAUUGUUGGCUUUGAGCUGAAAAGGAACAAGGCAGUUAAACGAAAGUCAUCAGACCACAAACUUUUUGGAGUUCCACUUGGCACUUUGCUGGAAAAUGAUCAAAAGCUUCUUUCAAACACCCGGGUUCCACUGAUUUUACAAGCGUUGCUUUCAUGUUUGGAAAAGAAAGGGCUGGAUACAGAAGGAAUCCUGAGAGUUUCAGGGUCACAGUCCCGCAUUAAGUGUUUGGAACAAAAACUGGAAAAUGAGUUCUACACUGGCUUCUUCCGGUGGGAUGAGGUGCAUCAAAAUGACGUCUCUGGUCUGCUGAAGAGAUUUAUUCGAGAGUUACCCACGCCUCUUCUGACAGCAGAAUAUUUGCCUGCCUUUGCAGCUGUGCAGAAUAUCCCAGAUUUGAAACAGAGGCUGCAGGCUCUCAAUCUGCUCAUACUGAUUUUACCAGAACCUAACCGAAACACCCUGAAGGCGCUGCUGGAAUUCCUCAGGCUGGUAGUUACCAAAGAAAGAAAAAACAAGAUGAGCCUUUGGAAUGUUUCCACUGUGAUUGCUCCAAACCUCUUCAUGCACAAGAGUUUGCCAAACAAGAUCCCAGAAGGAAAAGAGAAGCAGCUGGCAGAAGGAGCAGCAGAUAUUGUUCGAAUGAUGAUCCAUUAUCAAGCUUUGCUCUGGACUGUUCCUUCUUUCUUGGUAGCUCAAAUCAGAAAACUGAAUGAAAACAGCAGCUGGAAGUAUCAGUUCUAUGACAGGAGGAUCAAGAAUCUGUUAAGAAAGAUUCACGCAGACAAGGAAAAGACAGAAAAGAACAACAUUGAACCUUGCAAAAUAGUCAAAAUCCAGGCUUCCUUGUUCUUAAAAGACUCACUGGAAGUUCAUUUAACUCACGGAACAAAAGUAGCUGAUGUUCUGAGACAAUUCCAGAAAAACCUUGGUCAGAAUGGCUGGAACAUUGUCAGCACAGUCAAUAUAAUCAAAUGUAAUGGUUCAGUGGAUUCGAUGAACUUCCUACUAUAUGAAGUUGGCGGCAACAUAAAUGAACAUUGCCUGGAUCCAGAUACAUAUCUUUUAGAUCUGCACCAUGUUAACCCUCAGGCAGAAUGGAUUAUAAGGCAAACUCCGUCUUUCCCAAGAACACCUUAGGGAGACUGCUUAGUAAAAACAACAACAACGGAACCAAAAAUUUGUAUUAAGUUGUUUAAACAAAGGUGGAACGUUGGAACCAAGCACCAUAUGUUCAUGAAGAUAACAGUUUAAAUGGAGCAGUAGCUCCAAAAUUGGAAAAUUAGCAAUUCCCUUUGAAUGGUCUUUUGAGAUGAUAGUCAAUAGAAGGCGACAGUGUUGUAUGAUAAAGAUGGUAUAUAUCAAAGGAAAGCUGGUAGGAGAAAAGAAGAAUGGAAAGCAUUUGGAAAAACUCAUACAGAUAAUCUGAUUUUAAGAUUUGUUCACAUAGUAGCAUAUCUGCUGGUUAUCAGUGUUGACUUUUAUAAAGUGAAACUGAAUAUUUGAAUUAAGGCUUCUUGUACAACCAUGUAAUUUUUUAAAAAAAUAUUCCUAUUGCUUUAUUUCUGGAGAGUUUAAUUGAUAACCAGCUGCCUAGAAUAUAGGAGGAAAAUUGAUUAUUAUAGUGGGAGUUCUACCUAAAGAAUGAUUCUGUCCAAGGACGGGAUGAUCAUACUAUGCACAAGUAAUAAUUGUGAGUAAAGAAUGUCUUCUAUAAUGACUUUGAAUGUUGCAGUUAUACAUAGACGUUGUGUUUAUAUAAGUUCAGUUUUACAAUGACAUUUUAUUUUUUAAAAGAGUAUGUUCUAAGAACAUCUUCCUACUAGGUUACAAUAAACCAUCUCAGUAUUAUUGUUUAUAUAAAAUUUUAUCAUAGUAAAAUUGGAUUUCAUAUUGCUGUCUGUUUGUAAUAUAUUUUCUUUUGCAAAGACACUGAAUUAGAAAUUUCUUACACUGUCUUUUUUCCAAGGCAGUCCAUAAGAAUCUGAGCCAUAUAAUAAUUCAAUAUUGAUGCCUGUUUCUUUAAUAUACUUUUUUAAAAAAAUCACUUAUGGAUGUGUUUAGGAAAAACCUGUUGCAUCUGUCCAGGUUGUUUUCAAGAAAGCCAUGAUACUUCACUUGGACAUAAAUGUCCAUCUGAUACCAACUUUUUCAAACCACAUUCCAAAGCAAAGCCAUGUAUUAGUAACAAAAUUCUUUUUAUUUUGUAACUUUUGGAAAAAUCAUUUUGAAGAUUUAUUUUUAAUGCAUUGACUUGUAGCUAGUUCAUCUUGGAAAUUUGUUGGAUGAUAGAAUUGCAGAAGUUUGUUGAAAUGAUGCUGUUAAAAGUGGCAAUUUUAUGUAACUGCUCCGCUUUCUCAAUGUUUAAACAUCCUGAAACCUGGUACCUUUAGAUGUGUUGGACCUCAGUUUUCCAUAGACUGUCUUGGAAUUGAAGUCCAAAAUACACAUGGAAGGAAUUAAAUUGUUAUGAUUACUUCCAUUUAUCACUGCAGUUUCCUCCUCCGACAUCAGGGGUGUCAAACUCACGUCACGGCGGCAUCACAUGACGUAUCGGGACUUUUUUCCCCUUUGCUAAACUGGGUGUGGGCAUGAACAGCCCAUGACAGCCCUGUUCUAGAUAGUGAUAGUUCCUCCCCUUUCCCAAGAGCAUUCUAAUAGCAUACAUUGGACAGAUCAGGUAAGCUUAAGCAUAUCAAAGCCUAACUCAGCCUAACUCAGGCUAAUUGUCAACUAUAAAUCCCUUGAAUAUAGAUACAAAUUAUUUUGGAUACAUCAGAUGAAAUAGAUUCAUGCCAAUACAACAAAUCAUGCAGCUUGUAGAGCAUGCAGGUAGUCAAAUGGAAAAAAGAUUUUGAUCCAUCAUGAGAAACUCUGAGAUACCAAAAGUGAAUAGAAGGAGUUUACUUUGAUAUUCAUAAAAAUCUCAGUGCUAUAAUGAUGAGGCCAUACAUUUUAAAACAAAUAUUGCUGAAAUAGAUUCCUGACAUAAUAAUGAUGCUAUGAGUGUUAUAGAGGACACACCUGUAAUAUGUAAGGGAAAACACCAUCCUUAAUUCUGCCCUAAACUUGAUUUUUAAAAGAACAUUUUGGUAUGUUUUGUGACAGUAGUUAAAUAGUAAAGCAUAAACUCUGCAUGUUUUAAUAAUGGUUUUUAUUAAUAUUUUAAUGCUGUGUUUAAAACGGUUAUACAAUAAAUAACUAGAUAUAUUUCCAAAAUUUUUC